AUGAAUCGAUCAUGGCUCACCAGCACUCUGGACAUCCCUCACAUCCCGGACACCCAGGACAUCAAGCGCACCCAGGUCAUCAGCAGCAGCAGCAGCACCAACAGCAGCAACAUCACAGCUUGCAGACAGGGCAGCAUCACCAGCAGCAGGCACAACAACAUGGACAGACGCCAACGCAGCAGCAAGCUCAGCAGAGGCAGCAACAAGCUCAACAUCACCAAAUGCAGCAGCAGCAGCAUCACUCUCAACAGCCGCAGCAGCAGCAGCAAACACCGCCGCAAGCUAUGUCACACCAGCCACAGUCACAGCACGCACAGCAACAGCAACAGCAACAGCAACAGCAGCUCCCACAUCAACAGCCCCUGUCUCAACACCAGCACCGCCAGCAGCAGCAGCAGCAGCCGCCGCAGAUGCCUCUACCUCAGCAACACCAGCCGAAACACAAUAUCCACCAGCAGUUGCCUCCCCCGCAACAGCAGCCCUUGCCGCAACAGCAUCCUCAACACCAGAAACAGCAGCAGCAGCAGCAACAGCAACAGCAGCAGCAGCAGCAGCAGCAACAGCAACAGCAGCAACAGCUACCUCAACCGCCGCAAAUGCAAUCGCAGCCUCAGCAACCACCUAAGCCAACAGCAGGCAGCACCUGGUUCCAUGCAGCAACACCCACAGCAACAUCCGCAACAACACCCACAACCACACCCGCAACAGCAGGCGGAGCCAGCGUCGCAGCAAGCCCCCCAGCACAAUGAUUCGAUGGACAUUGAUGGAUCUAUGGAGCAGGAUGGAAACGGAAACCCGACAGACGCCGCCAAGAUGAUGCAGGAAACUUCAGUUGUCCCAACGCAACCGCUGGGCGAGCUGAUGUCGCCGCCGCCCGAGGGUGGUAGUUACCCAACCUUGGAGGCUGUCCAAAAACAUGUGCUUCGCUACUGUACUUCGGUUGGGUAUGCCAUUGUUAUUGGCCGAUCAAAGAAAACGGUGCCUGGAUUGAAGAAAGUGUUGUUUGUCUGCGAUCGUGCGGGAAAGCCCCCGAACAGAGUGAGCCCCGAGUUCAGGAAGCGAAAGACCUCUUCGAGAAAGUGCGACUGUCCAUUUGGAUUCUUCGCCAUCGAGCAACGUCAUCAAUGGACAAUUCGAUACCGACCCGAUGCUCAGCACCUGACGCACAAUCACGGCCCUAGUGAGGGACCUUCGAAUCAUCCUGCGGCAAGGAAGCUGGAUGCCAAAAUGGUAGCCGCCGUGAAAGAGCUCAAAGAAAGUGCUAAGGAUGAGAUGACGAAGAUGGAAAAGGAGAAGCAAGCCGAGAUUGACGCUCUGAAGGCGCAGAUUCAGGAGAAGGACGAGCAGAUCACGCGAUUUGAGAUGUUUAUUGAUAUUUGCAACCAGCGCGUCAUGGUACAACGAGAGCGUUUGUCUACGGGACCAAAUCAGGCGAAUGGAGGCAACCAGGUCAUCUAA